AUGCUCCUAACUGCAGCAGUCAAUGAGUCAGUAUUUCAGAUUUUCGAGAUUUUGAUCGGUUUCACACUCGGACUCAUCGUCUUCUAUGUGAUCGCCGUUGUCAUUUGCAAAUGGAAUGCUGAUGAGUCGGCGAUUGAUUUAACUCGAAAAGUUUACAACAGCUUAUUGAAUUCGGUUGACGCACAGAAUCAUCCCGAAUUUAGUCGAACGUUCUUGAAGCGGAUAAGCCCGAACGAGUUUGAGAGUCCGCUGCAGCUGCUCGCCGAAUUGAUUCGUCGGCAAACUCAAUCGCCGAAUGGUUCGGCUGAGAAGAAUCUGCGGACCCCGCCGAGAGAGCUACUCGAGCCGUCCGAGAAGGAGCCGAUACCGGGACAUUUGAGGCCAGAAAUAUUCUACGUGUUGAAAGCGCUCGAAGGUUUGGAGCUGCCGAGUUGUUGGACGUUGGACCCGCGCGAUGUCGAGAUAUUGUCGAUCGAAGCCGGCGCGAUUCUUCUUCAACCCGGCGAUUUGAACGAUGUCGUAAUUGUGGUCGUCUCCGGCGAUUUGGGAGUUUUCACCAAUGUCAAUGUGGGCAAUCGUGAAAGGCAAUGCAAUAUUAAGCGGAUACGACGAGGCGAAUCGUAUUUCUCAUUCACCUCGAUUAUUGAGGUCCUCAUGAACGCGAAACCCGAGAAUAAGUACCUAACACUUCGGGCGCUCAAAAGUUGCCGAGUUGCGAAAUAUCGGUUCACUUCGUUUUUCACGUCGUUCGCCAACUCGCCGCAAUCGUGGAUACGGACCAUUCAGGUGAUAAUGACGCGAUUGCAGCACUGCACUCUGGUGACGUGCAAUUUGUACCUGGGAAUCGGCGGGAAAUGCAUUGAUCAGAAGCGAAAAUUGCCGAACAAGGAGCGAUUUGAAGCAUUCGACAAAUUGUCAGUUGAGGAACAAUUCGAGACGGGAAUUGUGUGGAUGGCUGAAGCGAUGGGCGUACCAUCAGAGGUCGAUGUGUUGCGCGCGAAAGUGAAACGAAUCGAGUGCCAGAAGGGUAGUGUGGUCAUCGAGCAGAACUCGUUCCAGAUUGAUAUGAUGUUCUUGGCGUUUGGGAAAUUCAGCCUCAAGCGGCUUCCCGAAGUCGACGACACCGGCACAGCAUUGUCGUUCGAAGUGUUCCCCGGCGACAUUAUGCCGUCGAUGCAGAUUCUCACGAACGAGCCGACGAUGUGCACGGGAACCGCCACCGAGAAGUGCAUUUAUUUCGUGUUGCCGCGAGAGGAGUUUAUCAGCUUCAUCUCAAUUCAUCCGAUCAUCUAUUUGCGAUUGGCUUUCAAUGCGCUCCACUUUGUUUCGCCGUUCGCCAAGGUGUUCGACAUUGCCGUCUCGUGGAUUCGCAUCGACACCGGACAAGCUCUCUACAGGCAAGGCGAACGCGCGAAUUGCAUGUUCAUCGUGAUGGGCGGUCGCUUGCGGGCGGUGAAUAAUCGAAAAAUCGUCGAGGAGUACGGUAGAUUGGAUGUCAUCGGAAUGUUGGAUAUGGCCGAGCGAAUGCCGCGCAAAACGACGGUUCUCGCCGUGCGCUUCUCGCAUUUGGUGUGCGUUCCCGAGAAUUUGCUCGGUUUCGUCAAAAUUCGCUAUCCGCAAGUGGCCACCAAAUUGUUGCAAUUGAUCUCGCGCUGCUGGAAAUCGCCGGGAUUGCCCGAGAGCUCGCCGAUUCCCGAUUACACGCAAAUUCAGAAUUUGCGCACGAUUGCGGUGGUGCCGGCGUCGCCCGACGUGCCGCUCGUCGCGUUCACGUGCGAGUUGUACAACGCGCUGACGAAGCACGUGAAGGCGCUUCGACUGAGCAGCACCAUCGUUGGAAAAUAUUUCGAGCCGGGUGCUGUAAAUAAAAAAAUCGAUUUCGGUUUGAUGCAUUGGCUGACGGUUCAGGAAAUCUUCUACCAUCUCAUCAUCUACCAAUGCGAUUUCCAUCAGACGAGCUGGACGCGACGAUGUUUGCGAAUGGCCGAUGCGAUAUUGGUUGUCGCCAUGGGCAAAUCGAGUCGGCGCGCGCAAGUGCUCGCCGAGCAAUUGAUGAGCUGCAAUGAGAAGGGCAUUCGGCAGAGCAAGGAAUUGGUUUUGUUGUGGACCGAGGACACAAUGGCGCCGUCGGGGACCGCCGAAUGGAUGGCGGCGCAAUACUAUUCGGGAUGCCAUCAUUUGCGAGCGCCGAAGCGCCUAUUCAAUUGGUGCUCGAACGCGGAGAUCGCCAGCGAGGAGAGAAUCAUUCAGUUUUACGAGAACGAGGUGUUUGGGAGCAUCGACACGAGAAGCGACUUCGCGCGUCUCGCGCGCAUUCUCACCGGCAACGCGGUCGGCGUGGUGUUCGGCGGGGGCGGAGCGCGCGGUGCCGCGCACGCCGGCGCCCUCAAAGCGCUUCUCGAGAAGAAUGUGCCGAUUGAUAUGGUUGGCGGCACGUCGAUUGGCGCGUUCUUCGCCGCAAUGUACGCGAGCACACCGGACACGAGGGCGGUUGAUCGAAUGCGCGAUUUCUUUGAGGAUCGGUCUAGAAACAAUAUUAUUGACGUUCUCAUGGAUCUCACUUAUACGCACUCGGCGCUUUUGACAGGAUACCGAUUUAACAAAGCUGUUGAACGAAUUCUGGGCGAUCGUCAAAUUGAGGAUGCCUGGAUAUCGUACUUCUGCAUCACCACGGACAUCACGACGUCGAAUAUGCGCGUCCAUCGGUCCGGCGUCAUGUGGCCGUAUGUUCGUGGAUCGAUGUCGAUCGCCGGCUACAUUCCGCCGCUUUGCGAUCCCACUGAUGGACAUUUGCUGUUGGAUGGAGCUUAUGUGAAUAAUCUGCCGGCCGAUGUUAUGAGAUCGCUUGGAGCCAAUGUGGUGAUUGCGAUUGACAUCGGAAUGGCUGAAGACAACUCGAAUCUCACUGAUUAUGGAUUUUACUUGAGCGGAACUUGGGUGAUGUUCCGCAAUUGGUUUCCGUUCAUCGAGCCGGUUCGCGUGUUGAACUUGUCUGAAAUUCAGAAUCGUCUCGCUUAUGUUUGUUGUGUUCAUCAACUUGAAGCUGUGAAACGUGCUCCCUAUUGCCAUUACAUCAAACUUCCUGUGGACCAUUACCCGAUUUUCAAUUUUUCGAAGUUUGCCGAUGUCUCCGAACUUGGCUACACGACGACACUUGCGAAGCUCACCGAGCUCAUGGAGAAGAAUCCGAACACGAAGGAGAAACUACUCGGCAUCGCGAAGAACAUGAAUUCAAGCAUUCAGAUGCAGGAUAACACAAUAUCAAGCAUUGUCAAUAUGACAAUGAUGCCAAUGGUGACGUCGACGAUGACGAGCAGCUCGACGACGGGCUCGCCGAAGCCGACGCGCGAUUAUAUUGAAGUGAACGCGUCGAGAUCCAUGGUCAAUCCGAUUCGUAGUCCAAUCCGAGAGUGUAACUCUUGA